GUUACCCAUACCUGAUAAACCCCCAUCCAAUGAGAAAUGUUAGCUUUUUGCAUCUAUCACUGGUAAAAGUCUGGAAGACCCCAUUUGUCUUUAAUUUUUAUAUCUCCCUUAUCUUACACACUCAGUUCAGUUCACGGAGCUCUCUUUUACCAAGCUAAUGAACUGAAUCGGGAGUGUUAAAUAAGAGAGACAUGCAAAAUGUGCAUAGCAGAGGGUCCACAUGACCAGGACUAAGAACCAGGCCUAGGGAUAACCAAUGAAUGGAGUGCACCUGGCAUGCAGAAUUAGCUCCAACCCUAGUCAAACACACCUGCAUUUGCCAAACAAUUAAUACAAUUUUUUAAGCACAUCAAUAUACAUAGUAACACAAUUUAUCUCUGAAGCACAGAACUUAAAAAAAAAAAGAAUAGACAAAUAGUAGCCUAUUAUGAUAUAAAGUAAACUACAAUAUAUAAUUAGCAAACACAUUCUUGUUAUUUUGUAAAUGUAUGCAGACAGCACAAUGGUUCUUAAGAACAUUCCUGGAGGACCCCCAUCACUGCACAAUAUGCAUGUCUCCUUAAUUAAACACACCUGAUUCAGGUCACCUGUUCAUUAAUACAGACUGACUGACUUGAAAUGGAUGUGUCAGACAAAGGAUAUUGUAGCCUACUCUGUGUGACAAAAUGAUGACUCUUACAUCCAGCUUCAGACGCCGCAGCAGUGAGAAUGACGGAGUAUAAGUUAGUGGUUGUUGGUGCAGGUGGCGUGGGCAAGAGCGCUCUGACCAUCCAGCUCAUUCAGAACCACUUUGUUGAUGAAUACGACCCGACCAUUGAGGACUCGUAUAGGAAACAGGUGGUGAUUGAUGGAGAGACGUGUCUGUUGGAUAUCUUGGAUACUGCAGGUCAGGAAGAGUACAGUGCAAUGAGAGACCAGUACAUGAGGACCGGAGAGGGCUUUCUCUGUGUCUUUGCCAUCAACAAUACCAAGUCUUUUGAGGACAUUCAUCAGUACAGGGAACAGAUUAAGAGGGUUAAAGAUUCAGAUGAUGUGCCCAUGGUGCUUGUGGGUAAUAAAUGUGACUUACCAGCACGCACUGUGGACACAAGACAAGCCCAGGAACUGGCCCGCAGCUACGGUAUUCCCUACAUUGAAACCUCAGCCAAGACAAGACAGGGAGUGGAAGAUGCCUUUUACACUCUUGUCCGUGAAAUCAGGCAGCAUAAGCUGAGGAAACUGAACCCGCCAGAUGACAAUGGCCAAGGCUGUAUGAACUGCCGCUGUGUGGUGUCAUGAUCCUGUGAAUGUUCAUUUGACCUGGUUUUCAGAGCAGUGCAGCCUUCCAGACCACAAACACUGCAACACCUACACAGAUGCUGGACGUUAAGAGCAGACUGUGUAAAAGGGAAAUCUUUAAUCUGGCAGCCCUGCAGUCUUCUUAGGGAUUUUCCCAUCUCGCUCCUUCACUGGAGAUGUAAUAAGUUGUACCUCAUUUUAACGGUCUCAACACUGGAGUUGCUACGACUGGAUGAAGCUGUCACACUUAAAUAUAUUUACAUUAAACAACCUAUCUACUCUUAACUGGAAUUAAUAGCUCAGAAAAUAACCUCUCAUAUUGCUUUGUCAGAUGUGGAUGUUAGAAAAAUACUUUACGAGAUGGAGAGGAGAAAUACUACAUCAGUUAUAUUAGCAUAUGUCUGUAUGUGAGAAAGAUUUGUAUUAUCAUUUGCUUGGAGCAAGUCUAACCUAAUAAAAUGUACAUAAUUCAUGGCGUUCUCUUGCAAAGAGGACUUUUAGUCAUAUGCAGUGUGUUUAUCACAGGUUAUGGUGCAAUAGAUUGCAAUUAGAGGCUAAACCUCCGAUGAGUCUUUAUUUUGCACAAGGUUUAGGACAAAAUGUAGAAGUGGAGGACUUUAUUCUUUGUUUGCUUCUGGUUUUGAAUGGGCCUCAGGGUCUAUGUGGCUUGGUAUUCAGAUGUGAUGCUUUUUAUUUAUGAUAGACAAAUGCAUUGCAAAUAAUUGCAUUGGCUAAAGACGUCAGAUCUCUUCAAAUAAUAAUCAUAGUUGUUGGAAAAUGAAUGCAAAGUUACUAUAAACUUAAAUCUUGGACUGAAAA